AUGGGCGCCAGCGCAAGUACUCCGUCUGCACCUGCAGAGCCUCCCGCGGCAACAUGUCCGGUCGACCAUAAAACCCGUGAAAUUUGGCUGCAACAGAACGGCGGCAAAGCGCCGCAUCCCGCGUCCUCUGCGCCGGCGCAAGACCAAGACUCAGAUCAAUUUCGACCAAAAUCACAACGGCCUUUAUCUACAGACCGAGAGAUCAGCAGUAUACCCCGGGCUGGCACUCCGGCCGCCGCCACAGCUUCUCCCGAAGCCAAGAAAGCAUCGCCAACGCCCUACGAAUCCUCUCCAUAUGCUGCCUCCCAUGGCGCUCCGUCCAAUGCCGAAGCCGAGACCGGUCACGACGAAGCCUCCGGCAAUUGGAUAUAUCCAUCCGAAAAACAAUUCUUCGACGCCUUGAUGCGCAAGGGUAAUACACCGGGCUCAACAUCAUCUCCGUCCGAGCUUGCGACAUCUGUCGCAUCUAUUAUCCCCAUCCAUAAUGCGGUCAAUGAGCGGGCGUGGCAACAGAUUCUUGACUGGGAGAACAAGGCACCUUCAACAGACCCCGGUAGCAAGAAGUGCGGAGGUCCCAAACUAUAUUCCUUCCGAGGUCUCGGAGUUGAUCCUCAAUUCCUGAGUCCACGUGCUCGCAUCAACGGGUGGCUUGGCUAUCAGCUUCCAUUUGAUCGACACGACUGGGUAGUUGAGCGCUGUGGAGGAGAACGGGUCGAGUAUGUGAUCGACUUCUAUCAAGGUAAAACAACCGCCGGUGCGGACAAGCCAGCAGGCCUUGCUGGAAAUGCAGGCCCUGGCAAACUGAGCUUCUAUCUUGACGUCCGACCGAAAUUGAACACCUACGAGGGCUGGAGGAUGAGAAUGAACAAGUUUGUUGGUUUGUGA